UUUGCAGGAUUAACGUUAGUAAUAGGUGGAAUGUGCUUGGAGCUGCUACUGUGUUACGCAUUCUAUAUAAUACCUUCGAUAUCACCAGAAUUAACGGCAUUUAAUUAUCCGCAUUUAAUCCACAGUUAACAUUGACAAAUAUACAGUAAAUACUGGAAAAAAUCUCCUCUCGAGGUGAUUUUUUAACUGCAAAAGAAAGGAAAAAUCAUCAUGUUUUCAUACACUUCAGUAAAUUGUGAAGGGAGAUGUGGCAACACCGCCAAAUCCCAUAGCAGUGCUUGGUCGUUCCACUGGGGUACAAUAGUACGCCUGUUUCUCGGACGUACACUACAUUUAAUUCAUAUUAAUAAAUAAUUUAUGGGCCCUAAGAUAAACUUUUAGUGUUGUGACAAAAAUGUGAAUAUAAACCAGUGAGUUGAGAGAUCGAUUUGUGGAUACGGCGGAGCAUAAUUGCCAGUUAUUGGCAUCCAAUCGCAUGUGGAAAAUCCACAGUGAGAUUCUGAUUCUCAGGAGUGAGACGAGUGCAGUUUGACAAUUUUGGCUAACUUGGAAAUUAUUAAUUUAUUGGUAAUGAGUUAGUCUCGAAGUGAAUGAGUGAUCGGUGGGCUUCAAUUGUUGGGGAUUACAGGUGGAAGUCGGGAGAAUGUUUUUUUUUUAAAUACUCGACCCACACAGCCUCACAGUAUAUGCCACACACACGUAUCUAUACAUGGAUAUAACACACGGUUGAAGCGAACAUAACUUGUAGUCAGAGUUGGUGAACUUAUCAUAAUGUAUGGGAGACGUUAAACAAAAUAAGGAAAAUGUAAUGAUGAGAAUAGUGAGGGAUUGUGGAAUGUUGAUGGAAUCAAUGAUGUUUGCGGAUUAUUUUGGAUACCACAAUUUGUAAAGAUAUCCGGUUCAAAGUAAACCCCAGCAUAAUGACGCACCUGUCAUCAAGUUUAAUCGCUUAAUUGUUCUGAAGUCCUCGAAGUUCUUAACCGUAAAAAAAAUGGACGAACCAGCAAAGAAAAAGCAACGAAUCGUAAACGGCGAGAACUACGAUGCUGAGAAUGACGAGUUUAUAACCGAUAUGGAGCGUUUCCAGAAGUCCCUCCUGAACCAGUGCCUCUGUGGUGUCCCCGAGAGUUCUUUGCACAAGCCCUUCUCCUCCACCACGUGGAUGAAUCAAACUCGUACUCCCACCUCUCGCAUCUCCUCCUUAUCCGACUGGGAUCCCGAAAGAAUUCUGGAGUUCAUCAGUGGUUUGCAAUUGCUUUUCGACCUGGCUUUAAAGCAGAACUACCGAGGGGUAAUGUGCAGCAGAGUGGCAGACGUCUGCGAGGCCUUGACUCGAAAUGAGCAUGGAAUAAUUGACCAGUUGAUUGACCUCUCUUGUACACCAAACAAAUUUGUAUCUUAUACCGCGAGCAGAGCUCUUGCCUCCUUUUUCAUAAUGACGAAGGAGAACACAGAAGAGGCCUGGUUGGACAGGUUGGCCCAGUCAUUAGUUAACACCCACUCACCCAGUCAAAUGCUCUUUACUCUCGACGUGGUCAAGAGAGUGGUAGAGCACAAGGACUGCGGAAUACAUCCUCUCGAGGAAGAGGGAACAUCAAUGCCACCAGCAAAUUGCAACACAGUAGUGGUGUCUGACCCGGAGAGUCUAGACAGCACUCCAGUCAAAGCAAUGUGUGUGAAAGCUCUCGAGUCCAGAUGGACAGUACUAGUUGCCAAAUUUGACGCCAUCCUUGGGUCUUACACUCCCCAACACGAAUCAGCAGUGAUAACGUUUCUCGAUCUCUGGGAGGCCAUCAUAUCAGUCAAGGCGAAUCUCUCAGUGAUCGAUACGAAAUUGUUCUACUCACAUGUCGAUAAUCUUGUAUUUUUGCUCAAUGGGAAUGUCCCUGGAAUUGUCUGGAGGCAUAUUCUCAGAUUGUUUAACGAGGUUCUGUGUUAUGGAAGUACUCUAGCCCUGCAGGAUGUUCUUCCUGAUGAGCCUUGCCGACUGGCUCAUGUUAUUGUCAGAGCUGUUAAGGACAAUAGUCUUCUGGAUGGUCUGCCUUAUCGUCAUGGUGCAGGCAGAUUUGGCGGAGGAACCGGAGAUGGGGAUCGUCCGCUUUUACAGAAGUUGGUGCUACUUGUGCUCAAAAGUGUUGCUGUCACUGUUAAGGAGACAAGGACUGAUUCGAGCGACUCUUCUCUGGGCUCUGAGGCUGAGGAUCUUGAUGCUGAUAUGAGGGUCAUUGAGAGGAGCAUCAGGACUGUCCUCAGGCAGUUGGAUAAUUGUGUCAAGACCUUGAUGCCUUUUCAUCCUGAAAUGCCACUUUCACAAUGGGUCGUGCAAAUGUUUCAUGAUCAGGAUGAUUUUCUCAUCGAGGGAAUGGUAUGCUGUCUGGAUGUCGCUGUGGGAUUGUUUUAUAGGGGACCUCCUCAAAAUGAGUUGGCUCAUGCACUGAGUCCUAGUUUAACAUUCGUACAAUUCGUCAGGGCUGUCUCUCAUGACCCUGAUGUGCUUCUUGAUCUUCUUGUCAGCAAUGAGACGUGCUUUUUGCUGUAUUUGUUGAGGUUUUUGAAAUACGUGAGGAGAAAUUGGAACGAGUUUGUCAUGUGUUGUGGUAGAGAGCUGGAUGAUACCAUGACAGUGAUCAUAAGACUUAGAUUAGCGAUAGAUAGACUGGUAUCUAAAGCACUAUUCCCGUAUAAUAUUAAUCCAGUUUUAAGAUUACUGGAGAAGUGUGAAGCUUUUUACGAGGGGAAUGUAGAUAAUUAAGGGAUUUGUUGCAGUAGAGAAGUAGAUAAAAAUUGGGACUAAUGAAUUGCUUUCUCUAUUUCAAUUGAUGUGGAAUCUGCGAAAUUUAUCGAAUUAAAUUCUGGGCAGUUUUGGUCAGUUUUGAGGACAUUCUUGGUUUUAACAAGAGAUAUUCAAUAUUGUUUUAUAGCAUGAUGCUAUUGUUGAAUUUUAGAGAAUAUGUUGACACCCUAGUGAAAGUUAUUUGGCAUUUCUUGAAGUGUGAGCGAAGCAAAAACGCCAUCAUGGAAAUUUUUAACGGCGACUCUCUGCAAAUGACCAAAUAAUGACGACGAAAACCAGUUGAAAAAUCAGUUUCCAUUGCUGAUGGAAAUCUCGAAGGGCUGCUCGCAGCGUCAUAUCGCUACUGAUAUUCAUCACAAGUCCUUCUGAAGAACUGAUUUUAUUGACUCAUUUCAAUUAUCAACUUCAUUACUGAUUUCUAUUUGUCGAGCCCUUUGUAACAGUAUUAGCCUUUGAUUUUUUCCCAUUCGAAAUAUUAAUAGUUUAACUAAACUUCCUUGAUUGACUUUUUAUAUUUAUCAACGAUGUGUUCUGAGUUGGUGGAAGCCGGUAGUUCUGUCGAAUUAUUUCAGGAAUUUUGUUAAUUUACAAAGUUACUUACCAACUUAGAUAAUUUUUUAUACGGUAAUUCGAAAUACUUAAUUUAGAA